AGCCGCGGCCAUGAUCAUCAGGCACAGGCUUCACUUCGAUGGGCAAAAGAAGAAAGAGUUCGAGUUCGAGUUCCAGCUCGAGUUCCAGCUCGAGCUCAGAGAAGGACAAAAAGAAAGACAAAAAAGAUAAGAAAGCCAAGAAAAAGGAGAAAGACAAGAAGAAGAAAAAGGAUAAGAAGGAUAAGAAGAAAUCCAAAAAGGAGAAGACUUCAAAGAAGGAGCACAAAGAGCUUUCUCAGGUGCAAGUGCUCACCAGGCCAAAGAUUUCGCCGGAGGAAACCCUGAGAGCUCCCGGACCCAUGGCAGCGCCAGACAAGCCUGAGCCGCGCAUGGGUCAAGCCAAGGCAAGAUUGGAAGCGCUCAGGGCUAUGCAGCAGAGGCCUGAGAAGAGUGUAGGGUACACAGUCCGCAAACCAAAUUGGUGAAGGA